CAUUGCGUUUGUAGUUUUUUUUGUUUUCUCUCAGCCUGCUAGAUGGCCAACGCUUUAAAACGACAGGACUACAUUUCCUACAAGGAACAGGGAACCGAUGAAUGGAGCUGCUUGUGGGAGCUGUCGCUGGCGAGUAUCUCGUUUAUGCGCUGCGUGACGCGUGGCAGAAGAGGGCAUGAGCCAGGUCCCUAUGGAGUUCCCCGAAGACUUCAACCACUUGGAGCUACUUGAGACACACCACCAUCGCAUACCAGUUGGUUCCCACAGCCUGUGGCCUGAUGAGGAGGAGGAGGAUGAGGAAGAGGAGCGUGAGGGCAGGUGUGGGGAGGAGUGGUACCAGCAGCAGGAGCAGAGCAUGGAGGCCAGGCCUGGAGAGCUUUUGCUCUGGGCAGCUGAGAGGAACAGACUGGCCACGGUCCAGAGACUCCUUACUGCAGACGCUUCGCUAGUGGAGAGCCGCGACGAGGAUGGGUACACGGCCCUGCACCGCGCGGCCUACAGUGGCCACCUGGAGGUGGCACAAUGCCUGAUGCAUCAUGGGGCGGAGCUCCAUGCCAGGACGGUGGACGGCUGGACCCCGCUGCACAGCGCCUGCCGCUGGAACAACGCCGCUGUGGCGUCCUACCUGAUCCAGCAGGGGGCAGAAGUGAACGCGCAGACCAAUGGGCUCCUGACACCACUGCACCUAGCGGCGGGCAACAGCGGCGCACGGCAGACUCUGGAGCUGCUGCUGAUGCAGAGGCAGAUCCAGGCACAGCUGAAGAGCAGCAGCGGUGAGACGGCCCUCGAUAUCGCCCGCAGGACCAGCGCUCACUACCGCCUCUUUGAGAUCGUGGAGCCGUGUAACAAUAUCCUACCCUAGAGCUUGGGGGCGCCACUGAGGCCCUAGGAAAUGGGGGCAAAACAUCAAGGCGUGCAAAUGUGACCCAGAUCUAGUCCUCCAUUGUCUCCAGAUCAGCAGCAGACUUCACACAGUCACUCCGCUAAAAUGCAUCCUGUGAACCCAACACCAUAUCCAUCAGAGCGUAGAGUCCCUGCGGUGCGGGACGUGGGCAUUGCACUGAGAAUGUGACUUUGGCAUGCGUGCCCACCUUUGGGCAGCUGGCACUGUGCCCCACAUAGUGCAUGUGGAACGGGUGGCUCAUCCCAGCAGCCUUUGCAGUCGGCCACCAAGUGACACCGGAGCUGUGAAGGUUUCGCCAUGUCACAUGACCCCAUGCUCAGUGUUGUAAUAUUCACAAAUAUUAAGCAGUGCAACGUGAAUAUCGGGUGUAGUGUUAAGGCUGUAUGGUGCUCAUCUUUUAGAAAUCCGGAUCUGCAAAAUAAUCAUGUCAUGUCCAUGAUGCUUUCUUAAUCUGUAAUUGUGGAAUGAAAUACAAUCAUGAUGUCACUCUUCUAUGAAAUAGUUAGCAUUGGCUUUAAGUGUUCUGGUUAUUGCCUUCCGGAUGUUACCUAAAACCGAACUGAGAGGGGAGUUACCAAGUGACCAUGAAUAUGUGUCAGAUUCACUACAGUGACAUUUGGUGAAUAAAGUGUUUCCGUGAUAUAGCUACAAGUGUUGGCCAAACGUAACACUGGAUGUUUAACCUCUGCUGUCAUGUUUUCACAAGCUUGCACGCGUCCUGUGAGUGUGGUGAGGAUUAAAGUUUUCUACGGUGUACGCAGA